AUGGGCGCGAUUUACGGCGCUUCGCUGCUUGACAAACUUGGCCGGCGGAAGAUGCUGCUGGGCGGACUGGCGGGCGGGCUAUUCGCAUACUGUCUUCUGAGAGCCUUCACUGCCGAAAGCGAGGAUCAUCCGGAUCUCGGCUAUGGUGUCAUCGUUGCCAUCUACAUUUUCGGCAUUUUCUUCACACUCUACAGUGUCGAGUGUCUCGAGAACCGCACGCGAGCCAAGGGAUCAGGGGCCAACUUCCUCUUCCUCAAUAUUGCCAUGGUCGUUUAUACUUACGGCAUUGCCGUUGGUAUUGAGGCCAUUGGAUGGAAGCUGUAUUUGGGAAACAUCGGGUGGAUUGGUGUCGAGAUGGUUGUUAUAUUCUUCUACUUUGUCGAGACUGUAGGCAAAACGCUGGAGGAGAUGACGGAGAUCUUUGAGGCGAAGAAUCCAGUCAAGAAGAGCCUGGAGAAGACGAAGGUGACUGUGGAUGAGUCUGGCCGAGUGAUGAGCGUGAUUGGGGAACACAGUGCAUAA